CUGGGGAGUGUUUAGUGGCUCUCCCAGAAGACGCAUAUUAAUCGACUUCCCCUCUCACCCUCGUCUUGUUACCCAUCAGCCAUAAAGGUUUGUCAGUUGCAACUCGCUCGCUACGGUUGCAAACUACUCUCGUUCUACUAGUGCCUCAUUCGUUCGAGCACUCGAUCAAUCGUCACUGGAAACAGGAUGAAGGUCACCACCACGUUCUUGGCCCUCGUGGGCGCAGCUGCCGCUGCCCCAUUCGCUGAGUACAAGGAUGACUAUGGCUACUCUGCCUCCACCCCCGAUUACAAGCCUUCGUCUUCGGAUAAGCACUACACUCCCGGGCCGACUUACUCUGAAACCUACCCGACCAAGUCCAAGGAUGAGUAUAAGCCCUCUUCGAGUGUGAAGAGCUACCCGGUCUACACUCCGGAGCCUACCUACUCUGAGUCCUACCCGACCAAGUCUAAGGAUGAGCAUGAGUAUGAGCCCUCUUCGAGCGUGAAGAGCUACCCGGUCUACACCCCUAAGCCUACCUCUGAGGACGAGUACCCGCCAUGGAAGCCAUCCACGACGCCUUACUCUUCGUACUCGCCCCCCAAGUCUUCCGACUACUACGCUCCUCCCCCUCCUAAGUCUUCCGACUACUAUGCGCCUCCACCGCCAAAGUCCUCCGACUACUACGCUCCCCCUCCCCCUAAGUCGUCGGAUUACUAUGCUCCCCCCCCACCUAAGCCCACCACGGCUUAUCCUGUUCCCCCGAAGAGCAGCGACUACUACGCCCCCCCACCACCUAAGUCUUCUGACUACUAUGCGCCCCCGCCGCCAAAGUCCUCCGACUACUACGCUCCCCCUCCCCCUAAGUCGUCGGAUUACUACGCUCCCCCGCCGCCUAAGCCCACAACUUAUCACUACCCCCCUGCUCCUAGCUCUUCAAAGCACUAUCCCAUUCCCUCUACUUCUGAGUACCAUCCGGUCCCUCCCUAUUCGACUGGUCAUGUUCCCCCGAAGCCGUCAACGACUCCCUGCCCUGAGUCUUCAACAUACUACGCUCCACCCCCACCUAAGCCCACCACAGCUUAUCCUGUUCCCCCCAAGAGCAGCGACUACCACCCUCUGCCACCACCUAAGCCUUCGACUGUCUACCACAACACCACUACCCCUUGCCCUUCGGAGACCAAGACUCCCCCGCCACCCAAGCCUACCACGCUGUACCCCACCAGCAAGCCAGCGCCUCCUCCGGAGACUCACCCGACUCCUGCGCCUAGCAGCAAGCCUGCGCCUCCGCCUAGCAGCAAGCCCGCACCUCCGCCUGAGACUCACCCAACUCCUGCGCCUAGCAGCAAGCCUGCACCCCCACCCGAGACUCACCCGGCACCGCCUGCUUCGACACCUGUCGCACCCAGCAGCAAGCCCGCACCGCCUCCUGCACCUCCUGCCUCGACACCUGUCGCACCGCCCCCUGCACCGCCUGCUUCGACACCUGUCGCGCCCAGCAGCAAGCCCGCACCGCCUCCUGCACCUCCUGCCUCGACACCUGUCGCGCCCAGCAGCAAGCCCGCACCGCCUCCUGCACCUCCUGCCUCGACACCUGUCGCGCCCAGCAGCAAGCCCGCACCGCCUCCUGCACCUCCUGCCUCGACAUCUGUCGCACCGCCCCCUGCACCGCCUGCGUCGACACCUGUCGCACCGCCCCCGGCACCGCCUGCUUCGACUCCCGCGCCCAGCGCGACCACACCAGCGCCAGUCCCCUCAAGCCCUGCGGCUACCACUUCUGCGCCCCCACAGUUCACCGGCGCCGCAGCCUCCAACAAGGCCUUCGGCGCUUUCGUCGCUGGCGCUGUUGCUUUCGCCAUCAUGGCAUAAUCUCGCGAUUGCUUCUAUGCACUCCUAAUAUUCAUGACUCUCCUUUGAAACACUCUACCGGUAACGACCCGUAUAAUGACAACGUCACGUAUAGAAUGGGUUAUGUACAGACACUCUCCUUACACACAAGGCUUCUCUUCUUGGGGCAUGGUCAAGCCAUGAAAUAUCAUUAGUUACGCGGCUGUCAUGGGGGGACAGUUGGCAACCAGGCUUGUAAGUUAGGAGGUGCUGGGCGAUAGUAAUGUCUUUGCUCGAAGUUGUAGUCUACAUAGUAAUGCUAGCCACUCUCCGAGGUAUUCGUGUCGAAA